AAAUCGAGUGAGAAUUAAACAUAAAGUCUUGAAUACGUCUACUAAAUUGAAAGCUGCCCGACGACAACCCAACGCGAAAUUUUAGCAUAAAACAAACUCAUUUAUAUAUCUUUAUGUUUGUCCAUGUGAAAUCUAAAGGGUCGUAUCAUCAUUAAUGGUGUUUUCGCCGUGAAAUCUCACAUGAACUUUGUUAAGUUCUAUUGGCUCCCGAGCAGCUCGAUUCGAUUUCACCUCCCCGGUUUCAGCGGCUUUCUCGACCCGGCUUUAGCUCGCCAGUCAAGCCGGUACUCCCCGGGCGCCACUCUUUCAAGUACCGUACCUGUCCUGUUUCUCGGGCGUGUUGUUCGAGGUAUCUACAGCUACACUGCCACUGGCACUGCUGCAACUUGAAUCCCUGGAUCAAAUCAGUCUGUGAGCUGUGAUCACCGAAGAAUGAUUAGCCAUGCCUUGUAUUGCAAUAGGGCUACCAGUCACAGCAUUGGAUGUUACAGAAAAUUUCAUAUUGGCAGGUGAAGGCCCAUAUCUUCAUGUGUAUGACCUUUCGGCCAAACAGGCUUCACGGUUCAGCACUCAAGUCCUACAUCACCAAGUAAUUCAUGGAAUAAGGAAAGGCCAUGGAUCCACUUUCGCUGUGUUUGGACAGAAAGCAAUCAACUUUGUCAAGAUUGAUCAGAGAAACAAAUGUAUAUCUCUCCUAAAUAAUGCUCUUGAAGUCACAGACUGGAUAUGGGAUGUAUGCUGGCUCCAGUCAAACACUAUUGCAAGUGACACCAACAAUUGUGCAUUCAGUGGCCUUCCACAUCAUUAUGACAAUGAGGGAAAGGAAAAGGAACAUUCAUUGGACGUCAUUCUCCCCAAUACGACGGUUGCCAUCGCGACAGGCCAUAAUGCUGUUCUCCUGUGGGACGUUGCUAAGAUGUGUGUUUUAACGUCAGUCUACUGUCAAGAAAACUGCAUUUUAUACUCGUCAAAGUUCAUCGGUCAAACAUGGAAUGACCUGGUGCUGGCGGCUGGUACCGUCUUCAACCAGGUUGUGUUUUGGCGCCCUCACGGGUCGAGAGAUGCGUCAGGACGUGUUGUAGUUGAUCAUAGAUUCAAGGGACAUCAGGGUGUUAUCUUUAACAUCAGCUACAAUUCAGAUUUAGGGUUGCUGGCUACUGUCUCUGACGAUCGCAGCAUCCGCUUGUGGCGCCACCAGCAUCCCCUGAGGCCAUCGGGAGAUAGACCCACUGAACCCGAGCAUAUCCUCUAUGGACACAGUGCCAGGGUUUGGUGCGCUGAAAUUCUUAGUGAUAAGAUAGUAAGCAUCGGAGAGGAUGCUACAUGCUGCAUUUGGAACAUGAAUGGAGAAAUAGUGCAAAAACUCAAGAGUCACAAGGGCAAGAGCAUCUGGAGUUUAGCUGUUCAGAGAGAUGGAUCAUUUGUUGUAACAGGAGGAGGAGACAGCAGUAUAAGACGAUGGUCUCUUCAAAACAAGGAAACUCGUACAUCAGCUGACACAGCUCCAUCAAUCUGGGAUGUCCAGAGAGAGUUCAAAGCACUUCUAAAGGGUCAAGAAGAGGUCACAGGAAUAGAUGCCGAUGUAGUACCCAGGACACUGACCAUUGCAUCUAAUGGUCAGCUCCUGGUUAUGACGCAGGGAGGGUAUUUGUUUGGUUGGUCCAAUAUUUCAUCAACGUACCAUCUUGUGAUGCAUGAUGGGAAUUACCGGUCCUACAGCGUCAUGGCUUCUCCAACGUCAUCACCAAUGGUUGCUAUCGGCAACAUCAAUGGCUACCUUAAGCUCAUCUCAUUAGGUGAAGAUGGAUGUGUGAUCAGUGAAACAGAAGUAAAAGCACAUGAUGGUAAUGUUGUAAAUGUUACUUGGGCAAGCAAUGAAGACCUUUUCUCUUCUGGACUGAACGGAAUGCUUACAUGGUGGAAAGUUACAGAAACCCCUUCACUGGCCUUGCAUGCCCAUGCCGACUUCACCCUGCCUCCGUGUAAGCAGCGCUGGGCUACCUCAGUCACACUCUAUGGUGAAGAUCAGUUUGUAUGCGGGGACAGAAGGGGAUCGGUCCAUCUCUAUCAACGCAGCCACAUUCAGAAUGAUAGGCCUGGUCCAAUUAGUUCUGUACCAGGAAUACAUGGCAAGGCUGGAACCUCUUUCGUCUGUCAGUACGACGGAUUAAUUUGGAGCACAGGAAGGGAUGGAACGUAUCGUCAGUAUUGCAUUACCGAGCAAGGCGAGAUCAGAUUGGAAAACACUCACAAGGUAUACAAAGGGUUUGAGUGGUUGGAAAAGCUAGUCUUCACAGAAGAUGGUGAUCUGCUUGUUCUUGGUUUUCAUUCAGUCAACUUUGUAGUGUGGAGUACCUUGAACAACGAAGCACUACUCACUGUACCAUGUGGCGGAGGUCAUAGGUCAUGGGAUCUCUCUCCUUUAGACGAUGGUUCAAUGACCUUUGCAUGCAUCAAGAUGAAACAGCUUCUUGUACAGAGUGUGCCAUCUCUAGCCUGGCAGCAACAGACCAUCCUAAAGGAUGACCUUCAUGGCAGGGAAAUCACAUGUGUCAAGUUUUUAAGAACAGUGUGGAUUGCAGGUCAAGAACAUCAUGUUUGCGUCACAGGAAGUGAAGAUACAAAGGUCAACAUCGUGUCAUUCUCAUCACCAGAGCCAUGUGCCAAUCCCAGUUCAAAUUCAAGAGCAUUAUGGGAUAUCAAGGUGCUGCAUCGUUUGCAUGCCCAUGUGUCCAGUGUGAGGGCAUUAGCUGUCUGUCGUUCCAAGACCGCAGGAGAUCAGAUGUUGGUGUUCUCGGUUGGUGGUCGAUACUCUAUCAAUUGCUGGAAAGUAAGCUUCUGUUCAGAGGCAUCUACUGUAUCCUCCAUUAAGCAGAUCUGUUCUGUCCGCCAUCUUGCCUCUCACUCCUCGCUCAUCUCAACGAGAUCCAGACAGAAACUGAGACAGCAGGGGAAGCUGUUAGACCCUGAUACCAGGUUCUUAGGAGUGUCGGUCUGGCGAAGGGGUAAUGGGGAGGGCGUGGCUCCCACCAGUGGAGGUCUUGUCAUGAUGUGCGCUGCAAGCUCGGAUGCUCUCUUGAGGUUUUUCUGCUUCGAUGAGGACAAAUGCAAGAUCAUUCCUCUUGGGAGUAGUAGCAUACAUGAUUGCUGUCUCCUGUGUGUGACCACUAUUAGUUUGACCUCUGACCUCGAGGUCAAAUCUCGGACGAUGGUAUUGACAGGAGGAACCGAUGGGCGUAUUGUUGUGUUGGAUCCGCAGGGAGUCGAGGCACAAGCUCAUAAACAUGCCAUUAAGGGAUCUAAAUGUGAUGAUGAUGACGAGGAGGAAGAGGAAGAGGGGAGAGCUGGUGAUGCUGCAAGAUACUUGGACACCGUUGAGACUUCAUUGAAUGAUGCAAUAAGGACAAGACAACAAAUGGAGAUUGAUGAACGACAUGUAAUAGUCCUUGAAGCAAGUAGAUCUGAUGUAGACCAUAUUUCUGUGACUCAUAGAGGUGAUGGAUUAGGUGAGGGAGGCAAGUCCCUCCUCCAUCAGGAGACACCAUCAAGCGAAUCUUCCAGUGCAGUAAGGACUAGUGGGUGUCCUAGCACUCAGAGUCAUUCCUUUCCUUCAUCCAGUCUUCCAUUUAAUAGAGAUGAGAACAUCCAAAGCGUUUCUAUGACAGCCUCCAAAUCAACAGAAUCUGUAGCAUCUCCCGUGCAAUUUACUAAUAAUAAUGCUGAUGCAAUGCAUGUCAGAGACAAAGGAAGUCUGCAGAAUGACGAGGCCAUGUCUUUGUCAUCGACGCAGGCAGCAGCUGUGACCUUUGAUCAUGUGGAAGGUCAUGACACAGGGUCAGUAGGUCAACUUGUGUCGUCAAUGUCUGCGCAUCAAUCAGGAAUCAAUGCUUUGUCAGUUUGCAAUGUUCAGGAUGACAAGUGGUUGGUCGUCAGUGGCGGCGAUGAUAAUGCGAUAACAGUAACUCUCUUAGACCUCACUUCCUCAGUGACCACUGGGAGUGAACGUACGAUAGGUACAAUUCUUGAUACCUACAAGAUACCCACAGCCCAUGCUACUCAGGUUACAGGAAUUCAGUUCAUGAAAGAAGCGAAGACAUUCCUAUCUGUUUCUGUGGAUCAGAGAUUGAAUCUUUGGAGACUGAAACUAUCUGAAGACAACCUAAAGAUUGAAGAGGUGAGAAUGAUGUCAUCAAGCUUUGUUCAUGUCUCUGAUGUUGCUGGGAUGGAUACAUGGUGUGACAGAUCAUCAAGUCAGCAACAUGCAGUGAUCUGUGGACAAGGUCUCCAACUGCAGAGUAUCUCAACGAAGGAAGAUGAUGCCAUAAGAUGAAGCGUGAUACCUUCGAAGGCCAGACCUAGGAUCUUCAUAUGUUCUGUGUGUCAAAUGCAGAUGUGAUAGGUUAAAUCGAGAGUAUGUGGUAUAGCGUCUUUUCCUGUGGUUAUGAAGCAGCGCUUCUCAAUCUUCUCCACUAGAUAUUAAUUUUGGGCUCUCCACAGUGAUAUUUAAAAAGGACACCAGUUGAGCAAUAAUAUCCAUCAAAGAACUUUAACAUACUAAAUAGGCUUUCAAGAGCUUCUUGAGCUGGUCCACAAGUGCUGCAGUUUGCUGGAAUGUGGGUAGCUUGUUCCAUGGCUAAUUCACAGCAAUAGUGGUAGAAGAAAUGUCACCGGCAGGUUUUGGAAAGGAGAAUGAUUACUUUAAUGAAGCAAUUUUUCAGACCGUAUUGUGCAAAGAAGAUCCCUAUUUACCUUUUCUAAGUUGAAAUUAACUAAAGUCAGAUAGAUUUAUGUGGUCCCAAGAGGUUUUAAUAGGCAGAAGAUUUUUUUAUAUAUUCUCACUAAUUCACAUCAGUUUUGGCCACUUUUCAUAGAUUUGUUUAGCCAAAUGUAUGACAAGUCACAAGUCGCCACUUUAAGUUAAGCUUACUGAAAUCAUGCUGUUUGAUUGGCCUGAAGUGUAUUUUGUGAUUGAUUUUUAGCAUUGGUGUUGAAAACAGGCAUUUCUGAAAAUAGGGUCUUUAACCACUUGACUGCGUAGCGCGUAAUAUUAUGUGCUGGGCAAGCGUACGAUCUGUGCGGGGCACGUAAUAUUACGUGCUUGACCUAUCUUCUGUUUGAGGCGUCAGCACCGCGCUGUUAAUACCCCUACGACGCAUGUAUAUCAAAUUUCAGACUAUGGCCACCAGAUGGCGCUAUUCUACAAAAAGUUAUUGCAACUUUUUCAGUGAUGUAUAAAUGUUUGUAUUCACUCUUCCAUAGUGAAAGUGUACGGCACUCAGUUCAAAAUGGCGACUCGCAGUGGAGAAGCGAAUCAGAAGGAUUUUGAUGAAACUUUUGACGAUAGGAGUGAUAAAUUUAGUGUAAGAACUGUGUCAGAAGGGGAGGAUGAUUUGUUUGUAUGGAUAUUGGAAAUAGUGAUGAGGAAAGUGAUGUGAUUAUUUACAAUUUUUCCCCCAAGUUGCCGUCGGUUGUAGUCCCAAAUAGAUCUAACUUGUUCGUCCCAUUCAGUAGUACCAGGGGGGUCAGUGUGCAUUAUGACUAUAGCAGUCAAGUGGUUAAUAUGGAGAUGCUUGUCUAGCAUUGAAUGAUAGUUAAAAAGUCAUUUUGUUAUCAGAAACCAGUAUUUUCACAUAUUGUGCAAUAUAUCCGUAUUGUACCAUAAUUUAGGCAAAAUAUAAGUCCAUAUUACCAGAAUAUUGUUUAUUCAAAGUUAAGGGUUGAAUAAAGGAGUAGUGGUUUGUAUAUUAAUUAUUCCCUCCCCAUUAAACAAAAGAAACCUCCAUGUUACAGCAAAGACAUUUUCAAGUGUAUUAGUUGAAAGUUCAUGAUAAUGUUAGCAGAGAUAUGUUAAUUACAUCUUGAUAAGAACAUGAUAAAUACAAAUAAAACAAAUUUUCAUCUUUUUUUGCAAUCAAUUUGGUUUUUUUACCUUGUGAGCUUUUUCCUACCUGUUUCCGCAGGCUUCUUCGGACUAGCUGACUCACUGCCGAUACUACCUGUUGUGAUUUGUAUUCCCAUACAAAUAAGGACUCGAAGACAAUUUGUUAAGGUUCCAUAACACAAGUUGACUAAUCCUUUAUUUAAUAACUUCGGACAGUCCCGCGCCUUACCCCGCAUGCAAAGGGGUGUACGUACGGGCAGUACAGAUAAAUACAAGUCAUCUCAUUACAUCUCCCUUCUUUUAACAAUUAUAUCGUGUUCAUCCUUAAAAUUGUUUGAACAGUUUCCAUAACAUUUUGGGAUGAUUUCUUUUGGUUACUUAAUUUCUUCUCACUUGCAAAAGCUUUAAAGGCAUGCACAUUUCCUAUUCAUUUGCAAUAUCAUAUGUCAUACAUUUUCACGAAACUUAUCACACACACA